UCGGGAUGGUGAGGCUGAGGCUCGAGGCUGGAGGUUGCUAGGAUUCAAGCUGUGGCUACCAUGCAAACACUUUACACGAAAUUUGUCGCGUUCAAAAAAAGGAUAAACGCGUCUUGUCUUAUCAAAAAACCUCAGGUUCAGUCAGGUCACUUAGCAACAGCAGGACAACAGACGAACAUUGUCAAUAACCCUUCUUUUCAUACUCAACAACACAAUCAGAUACCCAGCAAUAAGAUGGAUCGCCAAUCUGUAUUUUCUUUAAGUGUUUUACCACCUGAGUAUGGCGACAAUGAAGAUACUAGAGGUCAAGUACAAUCGCAAUUAGAACAAUUUAUUCUUCAGUUUCGCAUUGACAAUGCCUUCAUCUACAGGUAGGAAGCAUUGAAUUUUAUCAUUUGUGCCUAUCAUGCUAACCAAAUCAAUACAGGGAUCAAAUCCGGGAGAAUGUUCUGUUAAAACAAUACUUUUGCGACGUUGAUGUUGGGCACUUGAUAUCCUUUAAUGAAGAGCUUGCACACAGACUUGCGACAGAACCUGCAGAGAUUAUACCUCUUGUAACCAAUCCUCAGAAACUACUCCCGAACUAUGUCUGACUUGCUCCCAGUUCGAAAGCGCAUUAAAAAGAUGUACCCAUCGAAUUGUAUAUCCCUCAGACAGAGACAUUGUCCUUCCCGAACAUCAACUCCUCCUUCAUUCCACAGCCUCGGAGAUUUCCAUUCGAGAUCUAGACGCUCUUGCCAUAUCCAGACUUGUACGGGUACCAGGUAUUGUCAUAGGAGCAUCAGUACUAUCAUCAAAGGCAACAGCACUAAAUAUACAAUGUCGAAAUUGUCGCUCUACAAAAAUAUUACCAGUAAAUGGUGGAUUUUCUGGUGUUUCGCUACCCAGAAUUUGCGAUAGACAAAAGAUGCCUGGAGAUCCACCAUGUCCUAUGGACCCAUAUGUGGUCGUUCAUGAAUCUUCUCAAUUCGUGGAUCAACAAAUCAUUAAGCUUCAAGAGGCUCCAGAUCAAGUUCCGGUGGGAGAACUACCACGGCACGUUCUUAUUUCAACCGAUAGAUAUUUGACAAACCGUGUGGUACCCGGUACGAGAUGUAUGAUCACUGGUAUAUUUUCUAUUUAUCAAAAUAAAAACACGAAAGGCUCCUCCACAACCUCAGCCGUCGCUAUUCGAACUCCGUACCUGCGAGCCGUGGGUAUUCAUAGCGACGUUGAUCACACAGCGAAAGGGAACGCAGUAUUCUCAGAAGAGGAGGAACAAGAAUUCCUCGAAAUGUCGCGCAGACCUGACCUCUACAGUGUAUUUGCUUCCUGUAUUGCCCCGUCUAUUUACGGCAACAACGAUAUCAAAAAAGCAAUAGCAUGUCUCUUGCUAGGUGGAUCUAAGAAGAUUCUUCCUGAUGGUAUGAAACUUCGUGGUGAUAUUAACGUCCUUCUCCUUGGUGAUCCCGGAACUGCCAAAUCACAGCUUUUGAAAUUCGUAGAAAAGGUGGCUCCUAUCGCUAUCUACACAUCUGGGAAAGGAUCUUCCGCCGCUGGUCUUACCGCCUCUGUUCAACGUGAUCAUACAACCCGAGAAUUUUACCUCGAGGGAGGAGCUAUGGUUCUUGCGGAUGGGGGUGUAGUGUGCAUUGACGAAUUCGACAAGAUGCGUGAUGAGGAUCGAGUGGCAAUCCACGAAGCUAUGGAACAACAAACUAUCUCGAUAGCUAAAGCCGGUAUCACUACAAUUCUCAAUGCAAGAACCUCUGUCCUCGCUGCAGCCAAUCCUAUUUUUGGGCGUUAUGAUGAUCUCAAGUCGCCAGGCGAAAACAUUGAUUUUCAGACCACAAUUCUAUCGCGUUUCGACAUGAUUUUUAUAGUCAAGGAUGAGCACGAGAGAGGUAAAGAUGAGAAGAUGGCAAGGCACGUUAUGAAUGUUCACAUGGGUGGUAGAGGGAGAGAAGAACAAGCUGAGUCGGAGAUUCCUGUUGAAAAGAUGAAGAGAUACAUCAGCUACUGUAAAUCGUACGUAUUACUUCUACUCGCCUUCUAUGUAACCAAGAAGUUUAAAAACUAACAAUCUCCAGUCGUUGUGCACCGCGUCUCUCCCCAGAAGCCUCCGAGAAGCUCUCCUCACAUUUUGUAUCCAUCCGAAAGCAAGUUCAUGCCACCGAGAUGACAACAAACGAACGGUCUUCCAUUCCCAUUACCGUCCGUCAACUCGAAGCCAUCAUCCGAAUAACAGAAUCUCUCGCUAAGAUCUCUCUUUCUACUAUCGCCCACGAACAUCACGUCGAUGAAGCAAUCCGUCUAUUCUUAGCAUCCACCAUGGAUGCCGUUCAACAAGGUGUUGCACAACAAGGAAGUAGAGAACUCCAAGACGAAGUCGCCAGAUUAGAGGAAGAAUUAAAAAAAAGAUUACCCGUGGGAUGGAGCACAAGUCUAGCGACUUUGAAAAGAGAAAUGUGUGAAGGAAGAGGCUUUAGCGAAAUGAGUUUAGAGAGAGCGUUGGUGGUGCUGCAGAGAAGAGAUACCAUUGCUAUUAGAGGACAGGGUAGUCAGGUUUAUAGGAGCGGUGCAUGAAGUGCCGACUGAUCGAGCGAUGUUUGAUGUCUGCAUGAAUAAAUCAAUGCGUUUGGCGUUAGGACAAAAGAAUAUUGUCAUAUUUACGCAUAGGAUGCGAAGGGAUAGUCUAUAAUAAUAGUACCUAGGUAUCAACACUACCAUGAUUCGAGGACAUAAACUAUCAGAUGAACGCUGAGACGAGAUAACAUUUAAAAAAUUAUAAUCUACCUAGGUAAUC